AUGUCACAGUCCCGUGCGGUGUCCCGUUCUCGACCGAGUGGACGUAGUACGUCCCCGUCUCCUGUCUCUCGACCGACAACACCUCUCAGGCCAUCAUCCAGGUCGUCGUUCAGAACCUCGCAGAACAAUGCAAUUUCGGGCGUGUCUCCUUUGGAUGCUCUCGAGCCCCAAUUUGCAGAGCUAGGUGAUUCAGUGGCUGAUCUUGAAGCCAACUUUAUGCACCUUCAGCUGAUGCAUGAGAGUCUGAGCAGAUUUGGGGAAAGCUUCGCCAGUUUCCUGUAUGGGUUGAACAUGAAUGCUUUUGUGGUGGAUUUUCCAGAGGCACCUAUACCUGAGUCAAUCAAACGCUAUCACAAGCGUCGGGGACAAGCAAACCUGGACGAGACUACCAUCACGCAGAACAAUGUCACAGAGGGCAAGCAGGGAGAAUCAGAGGCGACAUUCAUAAUGGCAGAUGCAAGCUUUACAAGUCUCAAAGCAACACCACGUCGUAAGACAAUGGCACCGUCGGCCACCCCCAGUACAGUCUCAACGGUGAAACAAAACAAUGCAAACCCCCAAAGAGGAAAUGCAACAAGAGCAAGCAGAGGUGCUGGUCGUGCAGGGCGGGUCAGCAGCCUGCCAAGAGGCAGAGGGAGAGGUGCUAGGUAG